GCUUUGCACGCAACCAUCAAUCUGUGUUUCGGCUGCUUUUCUAUACCAUCGACUCUCAGCGCUCCCCUCAGUGAGACUCAUCCGACCAGCUUCUUCAUCGAAGCCGCAACAUGGCGGCCGCCGUCAGCGAGUCCUCUCCGCUCCUCCCGCAACAUCGCUCUCAAGCAGAGUCUCCUUCACGUCUUGGCCUGCGACCUACCCGAACCGUCACUUUCAAUCCCAUGACAUCUGUCAGCACACAGUCCGGAGCGACAUCUUCAGGUUCAUUGAGACCUUCGCAAAGUCCCUCGGCUGCCCUCGGCGGCACAUCUCAACAGAAACGUGAACAACAGCCUAUGCUGAGUGCUCUAAACUCGAAAUUGCGAAGGAGAAAUAGUCAUGGUUCGCCAUUGCCCACAACACAGCCGUUCACUGGGGCGCCCCGGCCUGGUGCCCAGAGGACCACGAAGACUAUCGAGAAGCUGAAAAUACUGCCAAAUCCGGAUAUAGGAGAUGAGGAACCUGACGAAGAGAGUGGGCGCGAUGUAUAUGCGCAAUUCACCAGGAUCAAAGAUCCAACCGCGAGGAGAGACGCAGCAAGACUAGGAAAGGCGGACAGAGACAAAUUACCUCGAGUCACGGCGUACUGUGUGGCGCAGGGUUACCGUUUGGACGCCAUUAUGAAAUUCAUGAAGUCAAGAGCCAAGACGAGAGGAGCAAACCCGAAGCUCUUUGAUGAAUGUCUUUACAGUCCGUACGACUAUGACUACCUUAAAAAGAACGAUAAGAACAAGUCUGAUGGCAGGAGUGGUAGUCCCGUGCAGGAGAGACUCGCAAGGGUCAUGGCUAGUCCAAGAAUGCUUGCAUCGGAGAGAAGAUAUUCUGACAGCGCAGUGGAGGUUGAAGAUAACAAGAAGCAGAGAAGAGAGGAACUUGUUGAUUUGCAGGAAGACAUGGGCCACCCAACUAUGACCACAGAAUCCCCGGAGUUGGCUAUCGACGCGCCACACUCCCUCACCGAACUUCGACAUUCAGCAGCUGAUUAUUUGCACGAACGAUCAAAUUCCGAGUUCUCGACUGCUGUCCAUACUCCAGAGACUUUUAUCUUCGAUUAUGGGACCGUCGUGAUCUGGGGCAUGACAGUGCAACAAGAACAGAGGUUCCUGCACGACAUGGCCAAGUUCAGCGACGCUCCUUUACCGACGGAAAGUGUUCAGACCGAGAACUUCAACUUCUACUACACCAAGGAAUACCAGGCGCGCAUUUACAACGAUUUUAUCAGUCUCCGGGAGCCGCGGAAUCAUAUGACCAAGCUGGCCAUCAGUCACGCUUUGUCGCAAAGUGUCAAGACGAGUUUGUUCGAAGACUUGGUCAGCGAGACGAUCGAUGCAACAAGUCCACUUCCGGCGUUGAUCGCUCAAACGGGUAGUGUCAAUCUCACGAGAAGACAGCUGAACAUGCAGAUUGGUGAGCUGUUCAUUUUGAGGAUCAAUAUCCAUCUUCAAGGAAGUGUGCUGGACAGUCCUGAGCUGAUGUGGGCGGAACCGCAUUUGGAGCCAAUAUAUGCUGCUGUCAGAAGUUAUUUGGAGAUUGAGCAGCGAGUCGGGUUAUUGACGGAGAGAUUAGACGUCAUUGCUGAUUUGUUAGCUGUGCUGAGAGAGCAAGGAAGCAGAAGACAUGGUGAAGUCCUCGAAUGGAUUGUGAUCGUGUUGAUUGCGGCGGAAAUUCUGGUUGCUGCCAUCAAUAUUGUCGUCGACCUCUACGCAGGCGUGGAUUGAAGGAAGCCGAAACGCAACGCGCCAACUCGAGUCGACCUAAACUCACCGCCAAACCAUCUAUCAACCUGAAGUCCUCGCGCCCGCGUCGUUUUUGACUUGCACACGUCUUUGACAUUCCAUGAUACCACAACAAUCAAAUCACAGACACUUACCUGUACGCAAAAGGAUUACCUAGCGACGGCGUUGGAGGUGUCAGCUCUUUUGCUUUUCAGCCGCAUGGAGCACAUUGACUUUUACUCUGUGUAUAUUGUACUUCCCUUCCUGCAAGCUGGGACGGCCUGAAGAGAAGGAAGGGGUUUCAGCCUGUGAAGCCUGUGGAGGCAAUUGCUGCCCCACCAAUUUCAUGAUCACUCAGCGACUUAAUGAAUGGGUGAAUAUCUGAAGUGAUGGUUUCCCGUGUGCCAUCUGCUCCUCUUCUAGCCGGUCUCUGCUCAGUCAAGGUUGGCUAGGAUGUCGAUCUAUCCGCCUUGCGCUUUCCUACCUCGAUCCAUUCAAUGUCCAUGAAGUGGGGGACCGCACUGUACUCCAGACCAAACGAUUAUCGCCGCAGAGUAAUGGUCAUUUCUGGUCGGGCUGAAUAUGCACCUACGUCGGCCGUCUAGCUUUCUCUGUGAUCGUUGUCAAUCACGUUCCCUGCCAUUCUGACUUCCUCGAAAGUAUUCCCUCAACUUAAGACUGAAAUGAAGUAGAAAUCCGAUACAAC